AUGGAACCCUCUACUAAUGCCCCCCCUUCCCAAACAACACCCGCUGCCCAAGCUGGACCUGCUGUCCAAGCUGAACCUGUUCCCACUCCAAUAAAUGCUGAGGCACUUCCACCUAGACCUAGUGAUAAAACCAAAGUGAGUGAGAUAGCUGUUGAUUGUGGUAAUAAUAGGAAGAAGUCUACUGCUUGGGAUCAUUUUGAAAAAAUAAAAAUCAGUGAGGGUCAAUUUAAGGCUGUCUGCCAUUAUUGCCAAAAAACUUACCGUGCUAAUAGUAAGGGUCAUGGUACUACUAAUUUAUUGAAUCAUACACCAAAUUGUGUUAAGAACCCUAAUAGAGCUUCACUUAAAGGGCAACAAACCUUAGCAUUUGAACCCAAAAUGAAUGGGGAGGAAGGGUUUAAGCUUGUACCAACAGCCUUUACUGUUGAGGCUUCUAGGAAGGCACUCGCAGAAAUGAUUAUAAUAGACGAGUUGCCUUUUAGGUUUGUUGAAGGGUAUGGGUUUCAAAAAUAUUCAACAACCUUACAACCUAAGUUGCAAAUUAGGGAUAUCCCAUCUCGUCAAACUGUGGCUAGAGAUGUGAUUAGCAUUUAUGGUGUUGAGAGAGAGAAACUAAGGGAAGCCUUGAAAGGUCGUAGGGUGUGCCUUACUACGGACACAUGGACUAGUAUUCAAAAUCUGAAUUAUAUGUCCCUCACAGGUCAUUUUAUUGAUGAUGAUUGGAACUUGCAUAAGAGAAUUUUGAAUUUUUGUCUAGUGGAAGACCAUAGGGGGGAGACUAUAGGUAGAAAGAUUGAGAUGUGUCUCCGUGAGUGGGGUGUUGAUGGCAUAUUCACAUUGACAGUGGAUAAUGCUUCCUCUAAUGGUGCUACCAUUAAAUUUUUACAAACAGUCACUAAAGAUUGGAAGGGGACUAUUUUAGAACAUGAGUUCUUACACAUGAGGUGUUGUGCACAUAUCUUAAAUUUGAUUGUGGGAGAUGAUAUGAAAGAAAUUGAUGCGUCCAUUGCUAGGGUGCGUGAAGCUGUGAGGUAUGUGAAGUCCUCACCAAAUAGAAAUCAGACUUUUAGGAGUAUUAUGGAGAGAUUAGGUAUUGAAUCCAAAUGUUUACUAAGUCUUGAUGUACCAACUAGGUGGAACUCUACCUAUCUCAUGUUAAAUACUGACGAAAAAUUUGAGAAAGUGUUCCUAAGAAUGGACUUUGAGGAUGAUAGCUAUUCUUCAUACUUUUUGAACAAGGAAAAUAGUGGUGGUUUGUGA